UAAUUGUGUUCUGGGGCCGUGAAAGAUUUCUAUGGUGGAAAUUGUGAUCUCAAAGGCUAAGCUAAGCUAAGCUGGAAAGAAAGAAAAAAAAAGCCCACCUGUGAGUGUGCCAGAGAGAGUGUGUGUUCAUUUCUCUCUCUUUCUCUCUCCCCUGUGUACUGCUCCGUCCGUGCUGCUGCAGCAGCAGCAACGUGCUUAACCCGUUUGUUUCGAAUUCCAAUAUUGUUAAAAUUAUUAUUGUUAUCAGAGAAAAGGAACAUUGGUUGAAGAGAAUCUGAGGGGAGGGAGGAAGGAAAGAGAAGCAGAGAAGCAGAAGAAGGGAGGAAGAGGAAACAGUGCGCACCUUAGCAUGGAUUCCUCUCCGUCGUCUUCUCUCUCCUCGCUCGCUUCGACCCCACGGCAUCAUCCACUCUCCAAUUGAGAAAGGCACCGAUUCCCAUUCCCAUCCCCACUCUGCCUCACAUAAACCCAACCCUAACUUCCAUCUUCUUCACCCAUUUCAAUUGCAACACUCACAAGGAGAUGUUGUGGCUCAUGAGAUUCUCGGGCUUUUUCUCCGCCGCAAUGCUCCUCAUUCUCCUCUCCCCAUCCCUCCAAUCCUUCCACCCCGCCGAAGCCAUCCGUUCCUCCCACCUCGACGCCGUCCUCCGCCUCCCGCUCCAGACGCCGCCACUCUCCUUCCGCCGCGCCGCCCCAUUCCGCAAUGCCGACAAAUGCGCCUCCAAUCGGACCUCCAUUCCCGAGAACACCAGCGUCUGCGAUCCCUCCCUAGUCCACGUUGCCAUCACUCUCGACGUCGAAUACCUCCGCGGCUCCAUCGCCGCCGUCCACUCCAUCCUCCAACACUCCCAGUGCCCGGAGAACAUCUUCUUCCACUUCCUCGUCUCCGAGACCAAUCUACAAUCCCUUGUCAAAUCCACCUUCCCGCAAUUGAACUUCAAGGUCUAUUACUUCGAUCCGGAGAUCGUGCGCAACCUGAUCUCCACCUCGGUCCGCCAAGCCCUAGAGCAACCCCUCAACUACGCCAGAAAUUACCUCGCGGAUCUUCUCGAGAGCUGCGUGGGGAGGGUUAUAUAUCUAGAUUCGGAUCUAGUUGUGGUGGACGACAUUGCGAAACUGUGGAGCACCAGUUUAGGUUCUAGAACAAUCGGCGCGCCUGAGUACUGUCACGCGAACUUCACCAAGUACUUCACGGCGGGGUUUUGGUCGGACGCGCGGUUCGCAGGCGCGUUCGUGGGGAGAAGGCCGUGCUACUUCAACACGGGUGUUAUGGUGAUAGAUCUGGUGCGGUGGCGGAAGCACGGUUACAGUAGGAGGAUAGAGAGGUGGAUGGAGAUCCAGAAGAGCGACCGGAUCUACGAACUGGGUUCUCUGCCGCCGUUUCUGCUGGUGUUCGCGGGACACGUGUGGCCCAUUGAGCACAGGUGGAAUCAGCACGGGUUGGGUGGCGAUAACGUGAAGGGGAGUUGCCGGGACCUUCACGCUGGGCCUGUGAGUCUGUUGCAUUGGUCCGGAAGUGGCAAGCCCUGGCUCCGAUUGGACUCCAGACGGCCCUGUCCACUAGACGCACUUUGGGCUCCUUAUGAUUUGUACGGACACUCUCAGUGAUUAAGGCAGGGUAGUCGCCGGUAAAUUCCCUCCACUGUUUUGUCACUUCUCUUCAUUUAAUUUAAUUCUCAUUUCGGUCUAUUUUUUCUAUUAUUAUUUUGUUCCCUCUUCUCUGCUCCUCUCCUCUCUUCUCCUCUCCUCACUGUGAACAAACAGAUCAGAUAUUUUUACUUCACCCAUUUUUAUUAGACUUCGUUUCUCAGGCCAUUUGUAUUCUACAUACACUAUCUUCUAUUUUGUGGUUUUUGCUCUGAAAAUAAAUAAGAUAAAAUAAAGAAGCGGGUGGUUCUUUAA